AUUGUAUCUCUCUGGUCAUGUCAUGUCUUUGAGAACAGUUACAUUACAUUACAUAGUCCCAUUACAAUUUCAACAGACGAACUUGUAAUUGUAACCAACUACAUUUCCAAAGUAAUCCUCCCAACAUUGUAAAGUAGGCGAAGAGUUGUCACGUGACCAAGCGUCUCAUCCUUGUGGUUGGUUUUGAAUGGUGGCGAGCGAUCGUCAGUUGAGCGCAGGACGAUGACCAAACUGCAGUUUUUAAACGUCUUCUUGACCGAGCGGCUCAUGCUUGCUGCGCAGGAGAUCUACAAGUCCGUGGAGGACACAAUUUUGGAAUACCAAGAGGAAAUAGCCAUCCGAGAGCGGGAGAACGACCAUCUGAGACGCAGGCUGCGAGAUGCUGGCAUUGAAAUAUGGCCAGACCGUCCAUCGAUGGCGUUGCGAGAAGAGGAGGAUGGCGAGCAUCCACGACGCGAGUGGAGUCCCAGCAUGGGGCAUGAAGAACGUAUUCCAAUCCAAGUCAAGGAUAAGCGAGAUCUCCAGGCCAACCGAGGAGAGCUCCAAGCCCAUGGCUCUUGCAGCACAUCAGAAAACAUGUUCUCCCCCCCGCGUGUUGCAAACGAGUAUGUGCAGGACGCCCCUCACACCUCCGCCCUGCCCCAGAGUCAUGGCGUGGAGAACAGAGAGCGAGAUCCGGGCUCCCGAGGUUCCUCAAGGCAUGUGAAGGCGGAGAGUGGAGACGGCCACAGGUGCCCCGUUUCCUCCAACAACGGUGGGCAGCCCCUCGCUCCAGUCAACCCAAACUGUGCAAAUGAGAACAACAUAGACAUCAUAGGGGUAGAGAAUGGAGGCCAGAUGGUUGGCACGAAGGGAAAUGGACUUGUUGUAAAUAGGGGACAGGCCUCUCAUAUGCGCAACCAAGUAGCCAAUGCCGUAGAGUGCCCCCAUCAGAAAUCCCCCCUACAAGGCCACAUGUCGUCCUUCUGCUGCAAGGUGUGCGGCGAGGCGUUCAGUCAUGUCGGCCACUUGCACGUGCACGUACAGGUGCACACGCGCGAGAAACCUUAUCGCUGCGGUGUUUGCGGUAAAUGCUGCAGUUCCUCGGGCCGACUACAGGAACACCAGCGAAGCCACACCGGAGAAAAACCAUUCCGCUGCCAGAUUUGUGGCAAGGGGUUUACCCAGAUGGCACACUUGAAAGUGCACAUGAGGAUCCACACAGGGGAGAAGCCGUACAGCUGCCCCGUGUGCGGCAAGUGCUUCAGCCGCUCUGACAAAAUCAAAAGGCAUCUGCAGACACAUACUCGUGAGGGGACCUAUUUUACAGGCCAAUAAUGUUUUGGUGUCGCUGUUUGUGAAUCACAUUCAUGUGGGUUUUUCUGGAACACAAUUGCUGCCAAUUAAUAAGACCGUUGUACUGACUUAGAAGUUGGAGAUUGUAACUGUUUUUUACAUCAAAUAAUACUUUUCCAUAUCACGAUCACAUUGCUGAUCUUUUCUAUGUGCUUCUAUGUUUGACAUUUAUGUUGCGGAAAAUGUGCGACGCAAGUUUUUUCAUUUUUUGAGUCAGCUUUGCAAACUGUUCCAGCUUUUCCUUUCGUAACAAACUCAACUUAAUGAUUUAGUCUUCCACAAAUGCCUUGAAAAUUGAAAAGGAAAAAUGAUUACAUUUUCGUGAUCAGUUGUGGGGGAAAAAAAAUCACUUGAUCAAUUUUUUUAUGGUCUGUAAGAUUGUUCAUAAUAUUUGAUCAACGAAUUGAAUUAAUGAAGACUGUCUGUUGUUGGGAAAUGAUUGUCAAUGCAGGACGGAGUAUUUAAGCGGAGGCGCUGUUGAUUCAGUCUCAAGUUGCAGUCAAAGAAUGAACAUUACAUCCAUUCUCACCCUAACCCAGUUGACUUCGGGUAAAAAGUAAAAAAAAAGUAAAAAGUGGGUAACACCAUGGACUGCUCACAGGGUGAAUAUUUGUCUAAAUAUCACGAUAAAGUGCCUUUUAGUGUCAUCAGAAUCAAUUAGUUAUGUGUCGUUAGCAAAUGUAAUGGAAUAAUGUAACUGAAGUCUUACAAUAUAAUAUGUAAGUCUCUUAAAAAUGUUCCUUAAUUUUAUAUCCCCCCAACAUCCACAGUGCUCUGCUAACAACAGUGUGCGAUAAACAGUUAAAUGAUGCA